UCUUCUUCGCAAAACCAAGAAUUAUAAUAAUGGAAGCUCAGGGAAAAAAUAAUCAGCCUCCUCCUCCUUCCACCAAAGUCGAAAGAAAAGUCGUAGAGAAAAACAGAAGAAACCAGAUGAAGACCCUCUACUCUAAGCUCAACUCUCUCCUCCCUAAUCACAAUCCCCAGGAAAUACUGCCACUGCCUGAUCAAAUAGACCAGGCAAUAAAUUACAUACAGAGUCUGAAGGAGAAGGUGGAGAUGGCUCGAGAGAAGAAAGCAAGCUUAACAGGAAGCAAAAGGUCACAUGCGAGCAGCUCGACGAGUGGUGCUAUUGAGAAGAACAAGACUGUGGCAAGGUCACCAGAAAUAGAGAUUCGUAAAGUGGGUUCGUUUCUGGAGAUUGUUCUGAUCACUGGGUUGGAUAAUCAGUUCGUUUUUUAUGAGAUCAUUCGCAUACUUCAUGAAGAGAACGUACAGGUCGUGAGUGCUAAUUCCUCGCUCGCUGGCGACUCAAUGCAUCAUGUAGUGCAUGCAGAGAUUGGGCAAUCGUCGUUUCAAUUCGGAGCAACCAAGGUAAGCGAGAGGCUAAAAAGAUUUGUUUAUGGAUCAUCAAGUGAUGUGGAAAUAAACCCAGAGUUGUGGGAUUUUGACAUUGCUUCUGAACCAUGGGGCUUUUAAUUAACCAGAAGAAAUCCCUUGUUAAUUCUUCGGAAGAAGUUAAAUUAAUAUCAGUGUCUCUAUGUCAAAGGGAUAUUAAUAUCAGUGUAAGCGUCGAUCAGCUUCAUGCCGCCAA